AUGAUCGUUGAUAUGGUCGUUGGGCUCAUCAAGUCGUCGCAGAAUCACAGAAGUGGUCUUACCGAUCACAUCGAAAUCAAUACUCGGUCAUCCUAUCCUGGUGGAGCAAAGAAAACAUUCAUUGGUGCACAAGGAAAAUCAUACAAUGUUCAUCAAGAUCAUGGAGAUAAACACAUAUGUCUCUGGUCUUCGCAGAGGGAAGGUCAAGACGAUUUAGGAUUGAACAUGCAAGGGCAAUCGGAAGAUGAAGUCUCUUCACAUGAAAGUCACAGAAAGGUAAAGAAAAGGAAAGGAGCCGCAACUGCAUCGACGGAUGCAUUUGACGGUGAUAACGAGGAAGAGUUGUCUACACCUGGGGGAGAAGAUUCGGCCAUGGGUAAUCUUCCAUUGGCGAAGUGGACCAGGCCAUACGUGAACUCGGAAAGAGAUGCACCUUGA